GAUGAACCUCUUCUUUUUUUCUCUUUUUAUUAUCUUUUUGCUCUAUAACACUUGUUCUUUGACGUUUACAACUGUGAUUGAUGUGUACGAAUAUGACUGGAAGCAAAUUUAAAUCUGCUGUGUUUCUUUGCAAGAUGCUCCAUAUCUCUGCUUCUGAGUCAUGAGUGUUUUGGGAUUAAAAUCAGAGGCCAUUCUUUUUCUGUUUGUUCUGUUCAGUAUAUAUUGUCGUCGUUCAUCUGCAUAGGGCUUAGGAAUACGUCCUAUUCCUGAAUUUGUCUUGGCGGUGUUCUUUGUUGUAUUUUCCAGUCGCCAUUUAGUGUUGGAGAAGAUGAUCUUCGAAUUUGUUUUCAGUCGAUCAAUCCAUGAGUAUUACACUCUGAUUAUAGAUAGAGAUCGCCCUCUCGUUCACAUGUAUGAAAUUAGAACUCUGUUUUUUUAUUUUAUUUUUUUCUUUUUACUGUUUUAGUCUUUUCAGAAAUCCGUUUCUCUAACUUUGAAGAUCUCGUUUGAUAUUAGGAACAAUUCUUGAAUUCUAGGUGUUUGCAUUGAUAUGUUUAGAGGAAGAUCAUCAGUUUUUAAUUCAAAUAAUGACCUUUCGAUUUUAUCAUUGUCAUUAAUAGAAAUUUGACAUUUAUCUCAUUUCAAAAAGAAAAAAUUCAUGGUGUUCUGAAGUCAAUGGGUUGGUAUUGAACUUUCAGAUAAAUUCAAGUUUUUAUUAAAUGUUUGACAAAAGAAAAAAAAAAAAUUGCACAGACUUUUAGGAAUGAAUUUGUGAAUUUAAAAGGGAAGAGAUCAAAUUAUUAUAAGUAUAAAGUUGAAGACAUUCUGCAGAUAUUAGCUUAUAAAUAAAUCCUAACCAAAUUAAUUCUAAUUAGUCAAUAAUGGCUUGAAGACAGAAACUUUUGAUCUCAUCAACAUCUGAAUAAGAUUCUUGUGGUUCUGGCCUGGCCAUCUGAUCACAUUUGUCAUCAUGGUUGGGCCAUGACAAAGGCAAGACUGAAGGCAGUAGGAUUGAACAGUUCCUUACAUUAUGAGUUAUGACUCGUGCCAAUCCCAUCAUCAAGGUAUAAGAAAAUGUAGCUACACAAUUUUCUUAUCUAUGACCUUCGCGUUGGGGAUUAAGACAUGUUUUUCUUAUUUAUUUAACAUUUUGCCAGUCAUAAAAUCCUGGUGUGAAGCAAAUUUGUGAAAACCUUCUAUAUAUGGCCUUUGAGCACUACUUUUCUCGUAGAUGGAGGAGGUGUGUUCCAGCUUCUUCAAUGGAAAAUUCUGAGCAGUUUAAGGCUUGCUUUGACUGCAACAUAUGCUUAGAGUUUGCAUCUGAGCCUAUAGUUACUCUGUGUGGCCACCUCUAUUGCUGGCCUUGCAUCUACAAAUGGCUUCACGUCCAGAGCGACUCCCUCCUCCCUGACGAGCCUCCGCAGUGCCCAGUUUGCAAGGCUGAUAUCUCCCACACGACAAUGGUCCCUCUCUACGGCCGUGGUCAAUCUGCUAAAGAGGCCGAGGUUGAUCCCAGAGGGCUGCUCAUACCUCCAAGACCAUCAGCUUUCGGCAACAAGGUUCUGGCAUCUAUCGGGUCUAAUAAUGCUUCUGGUGAGCAGCUUGUUUAUAGAGACCUAUAUCAAUAUCAAAACGACAAUUUUGAUAUGUAUGACAGUUAUGAAGAGGACUCCAGCAGCUCAUUGUUUAACCUGGAAGACAACCCGGUCGGCAGUUUUGGCCAUCCUACAGCCAGGAUGUUUGGAGAGACGGUGUAUGCUAGGUUGUUUGGAAGUUCAGAGAGCUUACAUGCACACCCAAAUUCUUAUGCUCUAACUGGGAGUGGCAGUCCCCAGUUGAGAAUACAGGAGAAGUCGCUUAACAGGAUAUCAAUUUUUCUCUUCUGUUGCUUCGUUUUGUGCCUUGCUAUAUUCUAAUUAUAGUUGUGGGCUUCUGUAAUUUUUCGUUUGUAACCAUUCUUGUAAAGGUACCGAUACAGAUUUUUUUUUUUUUUUUUUCUCCCUUUUUUCUUUCCCAUUAACAAAAGUAAGAAGUUAAAUUA